AUGUCCAUGUCCAACAACUCAACUUUCGCGAUCAAGCACACCGAGUGGACGACGCCGCCCCUCUCGCCGCGUCUUACCCCGCCCCCUUGGGCCGAGCCGGCACAUCUGCCGAGCGAUAUUGCGCCGGCCGGCUACAUUCGCACCUUCGCGCACCCGUCUCCAGACGGCAUCAGGAAGUUCUCCGACGAGCAGCUGCGCGCAGCCCACCCGAGCAUCGCCGAGGCGGCGAUUGCGUACCGCGACCAAUCCCCCGAGGAGCUGUACCACGUCAUCAUCGACCAGGUGCAGCCCAACAUCGUCCGUCUGCGGGGUCGAUAUGCCUCCCCCGAUCUCGCCGGACAGGAUCCCAAGGCCAAACUCCUCUACGGCGUCGGACUUGGAAUGCCGAAGGAGGAGUAUGGGAGCAGGAUCUACCUCCAGGGCACCCCUGGCUGGGAUCGCUUGGGCCAUUGGGGCAGUGGCGACGGGUCGGUGACCGUUGUCAAUUGUGUGAUCCGUCACAACAAGACCUACGUGAAGUCGGCUGGGAGAUCCCGUCGCGGGCUUCGCAAUGGCCGGGGGCGUUGGCCGUGGCCUACCUAA